AUGUCCGAGUUUUGGCUUAUUUCGGCUCCUGGUGAUAAGGAAAACUUACAAGCUCUGGAGAGGAUGAACAAUGUAACCUCAAAGUCCAACCUGUCCCACAACACCAAGUUCGCCAUCCCCGACUUCAAGGUGGGGACCUUGGAUUCCCUUGUUGGUCUCUCUGAUGAGUUGGGGAAACUUGAUACCUUUGCUGAAAGCCUCAUAAAGAGAAUGGCGCAGAGCGUGGUGGAGGUCAUGGAAGACUCCAAGAGCAAAGUCCACGAGAACCUCCUGGCUAACGGAGGUCUGAAGGAAAAGAUGAAGUGUUUAAAGAUUGACUUGACAUCCUUUGUGACGCACUUCGAGUGGGACAUGGCCAAAUAUCCUGUCAAGCAGCCACUGAUGAACGUGGUGGACACACUGGCCAAGCAACUGGCACAAAUUGAGACAGACCUGAAGUCCCGCACAGCUGCGUACAGCGUUCUGAAGGCCAACCUGGAGAACUUGGAGAAGAAAUCCACGGGAAACCUCUUCACUCGGACAUUGAGCGACAUUGUCAGCAAAGAAGACUUUGUACUUGAUUCGGAAUAUCUCACAACCCUUCUGGUCAUCGUUCCCAAGUCAAGCUAUGCACAGUGGCAGAAGACGUAUGAGUCCCUGUCUGACAUGGUGGUCCCUCGGUCAACCAAACUGAUCGCCGAGGACAAUGAGGCUGGCCUCUUCACAGUGACUCUCUUCCGCAAAGUGACUGAAGACUUCAAAGUUAAAGCCAAAGAAAACAAGUUCAUCGUCCGGGAAUUUUACUAUGAUGAAAAAGAAAUUAAAAGAGAAAGGGAGGAGAUGACCAGGUUGCUGUCUGAUAAGAGACAACAGUAUCAAACUUCCUGUGUUGCUCUUAAAAAGGGAUCAGCCACCUACCGGGACCACAAGGUUAAGGUAACCCCGCUAGGGAACCCUGCUAGGCCCGCUGCGGGGCAGACCGACAGAGACAGAGAGAGUGAGGGCGAGGGCGAGGGCCCUCUGCUGCGCUGGCUCAAGGUGAACUUCAGCGAGGCCUUUAUUGCCUGGAUCCACAUAAAGGCCCUGAGAGUGUUUGUGGAGUCUGUGCUCAGGUACGGACUCCCAGUGAACUUCCAGGCUGUGCUCCUGCAGCCCCAGAAAAAGUCAGCCACCAAGCGCCUGAGAGAGGUGCUCAAUUCUGUCUUCCGGCAUCUAGAUGAGGUUGCUGCAGCAAGCUUACUGGAUGCCUCUGUGGAAAUCCCAGGACUGCAGCUCAGCAACCAGGACUAUUUCCCCUACGUGUACUUCCACAUUGACCUCAGCCUUCUGGACUAG